UGCGAGUUCUGUAGUAAGUACAUCCUCUGCCACUUCACCAGAAUGUAUUUAGCUAAAAACUGAAAACCAUAGUGUUAUUAGUUUUCAUCCGUGAGAAACAAGCGACAAUCUCCCCUGAUGUUGACUGGAUGUAGAAAUCUCUCUUGGACAUUUUUCUCGCUCACCAGUAGAAGACUUUGGCCUAGACAGAGUUUUACGUCCCGAGCUGCUCUGUGCUCUUCUGCCUUUUCAUCCGUCCUUCAUUCUCUUUCUUCAUCUACCCACAGUCAUCACUUCCUGCCUAGCACACAAAGCUCAGCUCGCCUUCCUCCAUCUUUUAAUUUCUCCUCAGCUCAUUCGUCCGGUCUGAUGGAGUUAAAGGAAGUUCUGCAGGUUUUGGAGCAGCUUGCUCCACUGUCGCUUGCAGAGUCUUGGGAUAAUGUCGGCUUGCUGGUGGAGCCGAGCAAACCUCGGCCCGUUAAGACCAUUCUUCUAACCAACGACCUCACAGAUGCCGUCAUGGAGGAAGCAGUGGCUGUGAGCUGCGAUCUCAUUAUUUCGUAUCACCCGCCGUUGUUUCGGCCAAUCAAGCGUCUGGUUCAGAAAGACUGGAAGCAGCGGCUGGCUGUGCGGGCCGUGGAGGCUGGCAUAGCGGUCUUUUCCCCUCACACUUCAUGGGAUUGCGUGAAAGGAGGCGUGAACGACUGGCUGGUUGGAGGACUUGGCAGCGGUCAGGUGUCGGUGUUGAGUCAGGUUCUCGGCGCCGCCUCCCACAGUCACAAACUGGAAUUCACGGUCAGAAGCGCAGAGGAACUAAACAUGAUCAUGGAGGAGCUGAAGGCUUGCGACAGUGGAACGACCCUACAGCAUUCAGGCAGCAGACCAGACAGCAGUGGUAUCCAUGUCAGCGUAACCUGUUGUGACUCAGCGCUGACCCCGAGUGUCCAGGCUCUGUUAGGACACAGCACUCCCAGCCAGUCUCUCAGCAUCGUGAAGUUAGAAAAGCAUCCUCUCCUGGGCCACGGCCAAGGCCGACGCAGCGUUUUGGACCAGCCGGUGACUGUCGGAGCAGCCGUCCAAAAACUGAAGUCCCACCUGGGUUUGAGUCACCUCCGUUUGGCUGUGGGGUGGGGGCAGACGCUGGAGUCCUCUGUGUGCACUGUGGCUGUAUGCGCUGGGUCAGGGGCCUCAGUACUGAAUGGAGUCAAAGCGGAUCUCUACGUCACAGGGGAGAUGUCCCACCAUGAAGUGCUGGAUGCUGUGGCAAAAGGAACCAGCGUGAUCCUCAGUGACCACAGCAACAGCGAGCGGGGUUACCUGGCUGUGUUCAGGGAGAGACUAGCCGUGCGCCUGCCCGAUAGCGUAACAGUGGUCCUGUCGAAGGCUGACAGAGACCCUCUGGAGGUCGUCUGACUGACUCUUGAUUGGAAGUUGCAGUAGUUUUUCUGAAAGAUUACUUGUUAUCACAAAUAUGUGUGACAUUUUUGCCCCCCCUCCCCAUUUUUAAUAUGCAGGCCCUUUACGUAAGGCUAUCCACUGGCUGUGCCUUGAAAGUAUUGUUAGAUGCUGUUGUAUUUAUCAUGUCUCUCUGGAAGGGUCUUAAUAAAAUGGGCUGUGGUUGAUCAAAA